UAUAGGCUUAUAGGGGUUAUUAUUCCCACUCACUUGUCUUAGCUGAGCUUCCUAUAUAUACCCACCAAUGCCUCCUCGUUCUUCCAUCGAAACCAAUAGCUAGCUUCUGUGUCAGUUUUAAUUCCUCGUAGUCACGAUCUCAUAUUUUACCCACUAUCAUGAGAACAGACAUAGAAAGCCUCUGGGUCUUUGCCCUAGCUUCCACUUCCACGUGCAAAUCCUUCUUCACUUCAUUAUUAAACUCCAUAUAUUUUGUGCUGACCUUUGUUCUAGCUUUGCUAGUCGUCAGCUUGAUUUAUUGGGCACAACCAGGUGGUCCAGCUUGGGGCAAAUAUAGGUGGAGAAUCAGAAAAGGCACAGUUUCAGCUUCCAUGACCAUGGGUAAGCGGCCUAUUAUUCCAGGUCCAAGAGGUGUUCCUGUUAUUGGGAGCAUGAACCUCAUGGUUGGUCUAUCACACCGCAAAAUUGCAGCCAUAGCUGAAGCUUGUGAGGCCAAGCGUCUCAUGGCCUUCAGUGCCGGGGAAACAAGAGUUAUUGUAACGUGCAAUCCAGAUGUUGCAAAAGAAAUUCUCAACAGUUGGGUGUUUGCGGAUCGUCCUGUGAAAGAGUCAGCCUACACUCUCAUGUUCAACAGAGCUAUUGGGUUCGCUCCUUAUGGUGUUUACUGGCGAACCCUUCGGAGAAUCGCAGCCACACAUCUCUUCUGUCCAAAGCAAAUCAAAGAAUCAGAGGCUCAAAGGUUCGAAAUCGCAAAUCAAAUGGUGGUCAUGUUUGGUGAACACAAAGGAGUCAUUCGAGCUCGUGAUGCACUGAAACGAGCCUCACUAAACAACAUGGUGUGCUCUAUAUUUGGUCGCAAAUACGGAUUCGAAUCGUACCAUUCCCACCACGCAGAGAGGGAUGAGUUGACGAAGUUAGUUGAUGAAGCGUACCAGCUAUUGGGUACGUUCAACUGGUCCGAUGCCCUUCCUUGGCUAGCUGAUUUUGACCCACAGAAAAUCCGGUUCAGGUGUUUCAAACUUGUCCCCAAAGUGAACCGGUUUGUUAGCAGGAUUAUCGCCGAGCACCGAGCUCAGACUGGCAGCCUACACUACGAUUUCGUUGAUGUUUUGCUUUCUCUUGAAGGAUGUGAUGAACUUUCGGACUCCGACAUGAUCGCCGUUCUUUGGGAAAUGGUAUUUAGAGGAACUGAUACGGUGGCGAUUUUGAUUGAGUGGAUACUAGCAAGGAUGGUACUUCAUCCUGAUGUUCAAUCAAUGGUCCAUGGUGAGUUGGACAGGUUCAUUGGGAGGUCUCGUGCAGUAACGGAGUCCGAUAUCUCCCAAAUGGUAUAUCUACCGGCAGUGGUGAAGGAAGUGUUAAGGCUCCAUCCACCGGGCCCACUUCUUUCCUGGUCCCGAUUGGCGAUUACAGACACUACAGUUGAUGGGUAUCACGUACCGAUGGGUACCACAGCAAUGGUGAACAUGUGGGCCAUUACAAGGGAUCCAGAGGUAUGGGCGGACCCACUUGCAUUUAAGCCCGAGCGAUUCGUGACUGGGGCGGAGGGUAUGGAGUUUUCAGUGUUGGGCUCUGACCUGAGGCUCGCACCGUUUGGGUCAGGGAGGCGAAUAUGCCCAGGUAAGAAUUUGGGCUUGACCACGGUUACUUUUUGGGUGGCGUCGCUAUUGCACGAGUACAAGUGGGGUCCAGCAGAUCAGAAGAAUACAGUGGACCUGUCAGAAGUGCUGAGGCUCUCCUGUGAGAUGGCUAAGCCGCUCGCGGUUAGGAUUCAACCAAGGCGUAUAUGAUCACAAGUUGAUUGCGUUGGAGAAUGUAAUUAUGAGGUAUGCAAAAGAAAUAAGGAGCAGGAAGCGAAAAGGUGUAAAAAAAGGAAAGGGGGUCCUAAAAUCUUAAUUCUCUAUUAAUAUGUAUCUAGUUUCUUCUCUUUCUUCUGUCGGUGGCUUUUACCGUUCAGUAUCAAGGUUUCUUGAUGUAUUUGACUAUGUACAUAUAAGGUGACUCUAAAAAACAAGUUUCAGCCAUAACCCUUCUCUCUCUCUCUCUCGAGCAGACUUGUCCAGUACAUGCAUCGAUUCCUGCAUGGUUGUGUAAUUGAUUAUGAGUGGACUAUAG